UACCCAGGGUGCAGUUCAGGGAAGUGGAGCUCCGGGUGGACGAGGCCGACGGGCGGGCGGUUGCCGUGGUAACCCGCGACGGCGACCUAAGCCUCACCUCCGUGGUCAGAUGUUACACGCGCCAGGGUUCCGCCCAGGUGAUGAUGGACUACGAUGAGAGACCAGACACUGAUGACUCCGUCGUCACCUUCAGGCCAGGUGAGCGUGAGCAGCAAUGUAUCGUGACUCUGGUUGACGACUUAGAGUUUGAGGAAGAGGAAGAGUUUCGCCUGGUCCUCGGAAUCCCCAGAAGCCAAUCAGAUCUGGGCUUGUUGCUGGGUGAGCAGAAGGAGAUAGUCAUCAGGAUCACUGAUAGUAGAGACAAGUCUGUGAUCAGGUUCUCCGAGCCUCGAUACACGGUGAGUGAGCCGGUUGCCCCCGGCGAGGUAACCGUGCUGAGGGUUGCCGUGCGGCGCCAUGGCGACGUCUCCAGGGUGUCGGUAGUGCGUGUGCACACUAAAGAUGGCUCUGCCCACUCUGGACAAGACUACAACCCUCUGUCACAGGAGCUGGUGUUUUCUGAGGGCCAGACAGAGUGUCUGGUAGAGGUAGAGGUUCUGUAUGAUGAGGAGGGAGAGAUGAGAGAGACCUUCACCCUACAGCUCACACCUGACCAACAUAUGGUGGCUGACACACAGGUGACCAAGGCGACAGUGUUCAUUGAGGAGAAGGAGGGGGGUGAUGUGUGGGGCAUCACGUUCCCUGCUGUACCCCUCGUGGUGUCCUUACUGGUCUAUGAUGACCCAACCCUCGCGCCGACCCCAACCAGCCCCCACCCCCCCACCGGGUACCCCCUUGUGUGUGUGACGGCCUGUGACCCCCGCUACCCAGACUAUAGUCGUACCCUGUCUCUCUGCGUCUCCGAGGGUAUCAACAACACCCUGACGGAGUACCGCUGGCUCCUGGGAUCCCCAGGGACUCCUGACGGCGUAGCUAGCCCACCGAGGGAGCUCGACGCUGGGACCUUCCUCACGUCUACCAGGUCCAUGCUGCUGGAUGCUGUUUACCUUCAGGCAGGGGCCAGGGUGCAGUGCUCUGCCCGAGCUGUGAGCACGACGGGACGGGGAGGACUGGGGCUGACUAGCCCUCAGGUGGAGGUCAGCAUGGAGGAGGGUCUGUGCCCUCCUCAUACCCCUGGGGCGAUAGGGGCUGAACCGUUCUCUGCUAAGAUCCGCUACACGGGACCAGACGACCCACAGCACCCCAACCUCAUCAGGCUAACAGUCACUAUGCCACAUGUAGAUGGUAUGCUGCCUUUCAUCUCCACCCGUCCCCUCUCCAACCUGGCCCUAACCUUGAACCACGACCCCUCUCGGUUGGGGAACCACCGUUGUUCCAACCUCCAGGGGGGGCCAGGCGAUGCCAGCGCCACCCGUCUGGGGCUCACCUCGGCUGGGGUGGCCGUGGCCGGCGUGGUGGGAGGGUCUCACCUCCGGAACAGAAUAGCCCAGGACGGAGCUCUCUCCCUGGGUUUCUAUAACAGUCUGGACCUGGAGACGUGUGUCUGGAGCUUCUCUGGAUACUACAGCAUCAGCGACCUGCUGUCUGACUGUGGGGGGACCGUAAGGACGGACGGACAGGUCCUGAAUGCGUCUCCAUUCCCCUGUCUUCAGGUCCUGAAUGCAGUCCAGUCGUAUGUGACGUUACGUGUCCCUCUAUUCGUCUCCUACGUGUUCCACUCCUCCUCGGCCCCUGGCGGCUGGCUCACCUUUGACCUCCGAUCUGACCUCCGCAUGACCUUCACCUAUGACACGUCCAUCCUGUGGCGUGACGGGAUAGGCAGCCCUCCCGAUGCUCCGCUGCAAGGCUCUCUGCACCCCACUAGUAUGCGUAUCAACGGAGAGGGACGUCUGGUGGUCACCUUCAGGACAGAGGCUCGUUUCCGGGGACACUUUAUCCUGUCGCACCCAGGUGUAUCAGGGUCCUCAGUAGUAACAUCAGAUGCCCACUCCGGCCUGCUGUUCUCUCUAUUUCUGGUCCGGUCUGAGACCACCCUCACACACACCCUGCAGACCUGGAGCUUUGUGUCCCAGCUGGCUGUACGUGACUACUCUGGCUCCUACACGGUGGUUCUGCUCCCCUGUCUGAUCCCUGAGGGGGAGCACACUGACCCCCCGGUCUGCCACCCGAGACCCCCCCUCUCAUUCAGCCUGGACGUACGCUUCCAACAGGUUAGUGAUCCAGUGCCAGUAGAGUUCAGUCUGAACACAGUCCUGGUGUUGUUGUCUAAGAGAGAACUGUGGCUGUCUGAUGGGUCCAUGGGAUUUGGACAGGAUGACGACAUAGCUUUUAGUAAAGACUCUGUGAUCUACGGCCGUGUGAUGGUUGACCCCGUCCAGUCGCUAGGCAACUCCUUCCAGUGUCACAUACAGCAGGUCUUCCUGUGUACCGGCGCUGACGGUUACGUACCCAAAUAUCGCCCCAGCAACGGAGAGUACGGUUGCCUUGCCGAUGCCUCGUCUCUGCUCUACAGGCUGAAGAUACUGGACCAGGCUGAGCCGGAGAGCCAGGAGGUAGAGUUUGGAGGUAUCCGAUUUGAGGCCCGUCUGGCUGGGGACACACCUGGUGCUUUCCCCCUGGUCUCUCAACCUGAUGCUGACGGGUUCAGCCUCUCCUCAGCUCCUCUCUUCCAGGUGGCUGCUGGUCAUGAGUGGUACAUCCACGCCGUCUACACCGUGCGCUCCAGGGACCACGGCAACCGCAACUACAACAACCAUAAUCACGCUGUCGGCAAGCGGAGUCUGUUCCUGCAGCACCACGUCAUCUCCAGCGGGGGGCGCCAGAAGAGAGCAGCUCCAGAGGAAGAGAGAGGAGAGGACCAGGAUAGGGGGACCAACCUCAGACACGUCCACCUGCAGAGAGCACCCAGCCUCGGGCAGAGCUGGGCCGAAGGUCCCCUGAUGGACUGGGAGCUCCAGGAGAGGGGGGAAGGUCCGGUGGAAAGCCCAGAAAGGGAGACCUUGGAUGGGGCCACGGGGUCCGUGACACUGGCGGUGGUGGUGCUGGUGGUAGCGUGUCUGGGAGGGGUGGUGGUAUACGCUGUGUUUGUUAGGAGUGAGGCAAUCUGCUGCCUCUCCUCCUCUUCUCUCUCCUCUUCCUCAAGGAGAGCAUUGCCCCAAGGAGGAGAGGAGGGGAAAAACAGAAGAGGAGGA